AAUGGUAUGGAUACGUAUUCCCACUGUUAUCAAUGACAAAAAAUCUACACGUGAACAGGAACCGCUUUUACCUCGACGCAACCUUCACUAUAAUUUGAAAGGGAUACCACGCGGUCAGAAAAAUUUAAAAAAAAGCAAGUUUUUAAGCAGAGAAUUAAGAAUGCCAAGAAAAUCGACAAAGCGUCCUGUGGCUGAGACCGUUCCUGAAGAGGAACCUAAAAAGCCUAAAAGAGGCAAAGUUGCCACAAGAAAACGAUCUUUAAGUGAUGCCGAUGAUGUAAAAAAUAACAACGCAAAGACUCGUCAGCCAAAGGUAUCAAAAAAGGCACAGGUCGAGACGGUUCCGAAAUGUAGCAGAAAAGUUUACAAAGAACCUGGAACUGUUUAUUGUCUCGGACAAAAUGAUGCUGGUCAACUCGGAGUUGGAGAUUCAAUAACUGAGAGAAAAAAACCAGCCAAAGUAAAUAUACCUGAAGAAAUAGUAUUUAUUGCUGCAGGAGGUAUGCACAGUCUGGCUGUUUCCGUAAGCGGUAAGGUUUUUAGUUGGGGAUGUAAUGAUGAAGGAGCCCUCGGGAGAGAUAUCAGUGAGGAUGAUGGAUACUUACCUCUUGAAGUUAAGUUUCCAGAAGAUGUCAAAAUUCACUCGGUUUCAGCAGGAGAUGCCCAUUCAGCAGCAUUAACCAAUGCUGGUGAUAUAUAUGUAUGGGGUGUGUUCAGAGCUCAAAGUGGCAGGUUUGGUAUGCUAAAUCUACAAGAUAUCAUAAAACAACCCAUAAAAGUAAAUUUGGAACAAAAAGCGGCUAAGAUUUGCAGCGGAGAUAAUCAUUUAGCAAUCUUAGGAGAGAACGGAACUGUUUACACGAUGGGUGUAGCUGAAAAUGGGCAACUUGGUAGAGUUUCUAGUAGAAUGGCUCCCAACCAUAGGCAUAAAGACGUUUUUCUUAAUCCACGUAAAAUCAAUUCACGUGUGAAAUACACAAAUAUAUUUCCCGCUCAAUUUGGAACCUUCGCUUACCUUUCUGGAAAAGGAUUAGACGCAUUUGGCUUGAAUGUUUAUAAGCAUCUUGGCUUCCCAGAUAGCAAAGAUAGAUUCUUCCCUGAACGUAUUACAGAGGAGAAAUGGAAUCUUAGCAUUCAGGAAAUAGUUGGGGCAAUUCAUCAUACAAUUGUUUUAGAUACCGAUGGAAAGGUUUAUUCAAUAGGAAGAAACGAAUAUGGAAGAUUAGGUCUUGGGACAAAGGAUGACGCAGAAGUCUUAACGGAAGUGCCCUUUGAGGACAAUGUUAAAGUAAAAAAUAUUUGGGCAAGCGGAACGGUAUCACUGGCUGUAUCAAAAGAUGGAAAAGUUUAUUCAUGGGGAGCUGCCACAUCUCUUCAAACUGGCUCUACUGAUGAAGAUGACGACCGGUGGAAACCUGAGCUUAUGGGAGGCAAACAAUUAGAAGAUAAAACGGUUACGAUGGUAGCUGUAGGAGGCCAACAUAGUAUGGUACUCGCUAGUUAA